AAUCGAUAUUAAAUUUACAUUGACAUCGUGUAUUUGUUAGUAAACAAUAAAAACUAAAACAAGGGAACGGAGAGACAUGUGUGUCUAUGUUUAAGUUACUGACGAACAAAAAGAAAUUAAAGGAUAUUAUAAUGGAAAAUCGUUCUUUGGCAUUAAGGUAUCUCUCAGAUGCUUUAAAUAUGGAUAGCAGUGGAAACUAUCAGGCUGCUUUUGCCAAAUAUCUUCAAAGUCUCCAUAUCUUAACUCUGUAUUUGAAUGAAAUGUUUUCUUCUUUAGGUUUUCAGAAGAUGCUUGAAAAAAAUAAAGAAAUUAAGCAAGUCCUUUCUAUGGUUCAUGAAUGUUCAGAUCGUAUAACUGUUAUUGUUGAUGGUAGUAAAAAAGAAUUACCUAGUCCUGUACAUAAAAUAAGUGCCAGUAUCAUUCCUGUAGAGUCUGUUAUAAAUGUUAAUUCAAAAGAAUUUCCAGCUUUUCAAAAAUUACAGAAUGAUAAUUUGGCUCUUUUAAAGAGAUAUCAGUGGAGAUUCGAAAGAGCACAAGACAAAAAUGCUAAAGCAAAUUUGAAAUUAGAGCUUGAAAGGCAACUGAUUGAAAAUGACAUGAUUGCUAAGAGGAAAUUUGAUGAAGCUGUCAAAAAACUACAAAAAGAAAGAGUGCUAUUGAUGGAAAAAGAAAUGAGAAAACUGUUAGAAAGUAAAGGGAAAUUGACUGAUAAACAAAGAGAGAAACAAGAACUUUAUUUGGCAGUCUUACAGUAUACUAAAACAGAAACAUGGCCAGUGACUUGGAAGUUUAAUGCUUCAAAUAUGACAGCUCCUGAGGCAGCUCAGAAAAUAUUUCAAAAAACUGUUAGAUGUAGUGAGCAUCCUCUCUCGCAAUGGUUAUUAGUUGUGCAAACAAAUAUUAAGAGAGAAAUUGAUACAAAACUGAAACAGCAUUCUGAUUAUCAAGCAUUAUUACCAGAUUCAUCAUUAAUUGAAAGAGAAAACAAACUUAGUAUUACAGAUGGUCCUGAUGAAUUAAUUAUCAAGUUUACCAAAAAUAAAGCAACUUUUAUUUCCAAGACAAUUCUUCAAUCACUUCAAAGGUUUUUAGAAAAUGUUUCAUCAGAAUUAACUUACACUAUUGAGAAUAUUUUAGAAAUUUUUUACUUAAUUUACAAAUCCCUCUUACCAGAAGAUUCAGAAGAAAUUUGCCACAGACUCAUAGAAACACAUAUUUUAGAUCCAAUUUGGUCAAAUUUAAUCAUCUUGUUCAGAAUAAUAAAUAUUUCAUCUGAAUAUAAAAUAAUGGAGGCAAUGAUAACCCACAAAGAUUCUGAUCCAACAAAAUUUGGAUUUUCAAAUCAAGCAUAUAUAGAUCCUGAAGUUUAUAGGAAUUGUACUUCUCUUUUGCAAGUUAUUGUUAAAUCACAAUCCAUGACACAGAAAUUAAGAUGUCUUGUGGAUAUUGCUAAAAUAAUUUGUGGUAAUCCAUCCAGCAACCAAGUUAAUCCAAAUCAAAGACGGCUUGGAGCAGAUGACUUAAUCCCAUUAUUGUGUUACAUAAUCGUAAAAUCAGGCCUACCACAGCUUAGUUCUGAAUGUUUUGCCAUUGAACAACUAUUUGAUAUGAAAUAUAUGUUUGGGGAAGAAGGUUAUGCACUGUCUUCUUUUUUAACUGCUCUUAAAUACAUUGAGAUAAGAAAGGUCAUUGAUGAAGAGCAAGAUGAACAAAAUACAGCAUAGCAUGUAGGAUGCAACAUAUUAACUACAAGUAUCAAAUGCUGCCUUACAUGAUAAAAUAAUUCGAUUUUAGCAAUGGUUUGGUGAAUCCAGUUCGGUGAACAAUCAAAACAUAUUUUUAAUCUAAGAAAAGUUUUUAAUAAUGGAAAUUUAUUUACCUUCUGAGUUAAAGUAUUAAUAUCUAGUCACAUUAUAUUGUUAGUAACUCAUAUUGUAGAAUAUAAUGCCAUGUCAAUGUGCUAUCUUUUGUUGUGUAUAAAUAAUUUUUAACACAGUUAUGAUUAUAUACAUUUUUAAACAGUUUUAGUCGUUAAUAAAGAUUAUUAUAAAACAU